CUCUAUUUGUUCUUUCUCUCUCUAAUUUUUUUCUUUGUUUGUGUGGCUCCUGUCUCCCUCUCUCUUCGUCUCUGACUCGGCUGAUCCGCCACCGUAAAACCGCUCGCUGGUCUUCAAAUCACAGAGAGAUCGUGUUCUGAAGCAGCUCUGUAGCUCUGUUUGUGGCUGCUCUUUGAUUCUCUCUCAUUGUUUGAUUCUUUUUGUUUUUCCAUGUUUGUAUAUGUAUAGAUGUAUGUAUGUGUCGGAACGCUUGUAUGUAUUGUCUGUGUGUAUUAGAUUAAGCUUUGGAGGUUUUUUUUUUUUUUUUGUAGCGAGAAGCUAAAAGAGAGAGAGCGGAUUUUUUUUUUUGGUUUCUUCAGAGUUGACUCCUCCCGAGCUUCAGUUGGAGCUCGGGAUCCGAAUUGUUAUGGCAUCUGGAACUAUGAUUCCUGCAGAAUCCGAACAGAAUUCUUACUACCUUCAGAAGUUCAGGCUCUACGAGACUCGCUCGCAUUCUCUUACCUUUGUAUGCCACAGAACUUCUAUAUGGUGGGGAGGGACAAAAACAGAACCUUUUGGAGGGUGCUAAAGAUUGACAGACUUGAGCCAUGUGAACUAAAUAUUCUUGAAGAUUCUACAAUGUACACGGAAAGUGAAUGCUUUGAUCUACUAAGGCAGAUACAUGAGGGAAAUAGAUCUACCGGCGGUCUCAAAUUUGUCACCAUCUGUUAUGGAAUAGUUGGAUUCAUUAAAUUUUUGGGACCCCAUUACAUGUUGCUGAUUACUAAAAGAAGGAAGCUCGGUACCAUCUGUGGCCAGACAAUAUAUGCCAUUGCAAAAAGCGAGAUGAUUCCUAUUCCAAAUCCUACUGUGCUGUCCAAAAUGACUAAUUCUAAGAAUGAGAACAGAUACAAGAAACUCCUAUGCACAGUGGACCUUACAAAGGACUUCUUUUUCAGCUACUCAUACAAUAUCAUGCAUAGUCUUCAAAAGAAUCUGUGUCAGAAUGAGACUGGACAAGGUCACUACGAAACAAUGUUUGUUUGGAAUGAGUUCCUAACUCAAGGAAUCCAGAAUAACCUGAAGAAUACUCUUUGGACGGUUGCAUUAGUAUAUGGCUUCUUUAAACAGGUCAAGCUUUCGGUAUCUGGCAGGGACUUUAAGUUGACUCUCAUUGCCAGGCGCUCGCGUCAUUAUGCUGGCACGAGAUAUUUGAAACGUGGUGUGAAUGAGAAGGGUCGAGUGGCUAAUGAUGUUGAGACGGAACAGAUUCUGUUUGAAGACGUUCCUGAAGGAUGUCCUGUGCAUAUUAGUUCUGUUGUACAAAAUCGGGGUUCGAUCCCACUCUUCUGGUCCCAGGAAACUUCGCGAUUGAAUCUUAAACCAAAUAUUUUAUUAUCAAAGAAGGACCAAAAUUAUGAGGCAACGAGACUUCAUUUUGAAAAUCUAGUAAAGAGAUAUGGAAAUCCUAUAAUUAUAUUGAAUUUGAUAAAGACACGUGAGAAGAAACCUCGAGAAGCUAUUUUACGUGCAGAGUUUGCAGAUGCCAUCAAAUAUAUAAACAAAGGUUUAUCCCAGGAAAAUCGACUGAGGUUUCUUCACUGGGAUCUACACGAACACUCGAGAAACAAAGCUAUCAAUGUGUUGGCACUUUUGGGCAGAGUGGCUGCAUAUGCAUUGAACUUAACUGGCAUCUUUUACUGUCCAGCAGUCGCAAAUUUUUUCUAUAAGGAACUGCCAAACUCAUCUUACGUUGAGAAAAGUGAUUGUGACUUCUCUCAAAACCUUACCAGUAAAGACAAGGCUGCAGGAAACUUGGAGUCAGAAGUUACGAGUGCCGUUGGUGAUGCAAGUGGAAAUCACAGUAUCAAAGGCCUUUUGUUUCAGAAUGGGGUCUUGAGAACCAAUUGUAUAGACUGUCUGGAUCGCACAAAUGUUGCUCAAUAUGCCUAUGGCUUGAUGGCUCUUGGACGUCAGCUACAUGUUUUAGGAUUUAUAGAAUCCCCAGAUAUAGAUCUGGACAAUCCAUUGGCGGAGGACUUAAUGAGAGUUUACGAGACUAUGGGUGACACACUCGCACUGCAGUAUGGUGGGUCCGCUGCCCAUAACAAGAUAUUUUCUGAGAGUAGAGGUCAGUGGAAAGCAGCCACUCAAUCCCAGGAGUUUUUGAGAACGUUGCAGCGUUACUACAGUAAUGCUUACAUGGAUGCUGAGAAACAAGAUGCCAUCAACAUGUUCUUGGGUCACUUUCAGCCACAAAAGGGUAAACCUGCACUAUGGGAAUUGGAUUCAGACCAACAUUACAAUGUAGGCGCACUAGGUCCUAAUUUUGAUGAUGAGAAUUCUAGGUUAUCAUUAAAGAGAUCACAUUCUGAGGGAAAUCUUCAAUCUGAUAGUGAUACACUUGUGGGUGAGACAAUUGCGGACCACAGUAAGCCUUUACUCGCUAAGGGACAAGGAGUUGACAAUGGUCUUUCAGAGUCCACUCCAGAGAGAUCAAGUUGUGAAAGUGAAUUAUCCUAUUCAAGGUAUACUCCCUUAAUGGCUAGCAGAAGGCUUUUUGGAGAAUUGGAAAUUGAUCCAUUUUUUGAAAGGGAAGAAAUAUGUUAUGAUGAACAUGGGGAUGCAUGUAGCUGCUCAAAUUUUCUUGAUAUGGACUGGCUCUCUUCAUCUGGGAAUUCAUGCGAAGAAAAUAUAUAUGACAGGUCUACUGCUGGCCCAUCUUCUGAGAAUCUGGAGAAUGAACUAAAAACGGAGACCACUACAUCCUCGAGUGAGUCUGGAUCCAGUUUAAAGGGAAGAAAUCAAACUGGGAAUGAGCAGCUUCCGAAUGAAAUUUCGGAUGGAUACUCUGAGAACUUUUUGCACUGGGUAAAUAAUGGAGGGAUGCUGUUCCUCUGAGUCGAUUCCUAUGCAGAAAAUCAAGCAUUGGAAGUCUUGGAGACCAAAAUUAUGAGAACAUUUCUGGCAUUCUGGCAUUCCUUUGGACAGAGUGCUUCUUGGGUUAAAUAAGACCACAGCAUUUGUAAAUAUAGAGAGGCAAUGCAUGAAAUGAAAGAAUAGGCUAAAUAAAUACCUACUGCUAACCAAUUUAGAGCUCCAUUACAUUUUCUUUACAUUUUCACCUAGAAUUAUACCAUAAGUUCUGUACUUGAUUACUUCUCUAAGAUCCAACAGCACCUUAUAGUGCAGGAUUCUUUGCCGUCAGGUCUGCUAGCUCUUAGUCAAAUCCGCUCCAAUAUGUAAUAAGGCAAUGCAUUCUUUAUGUUUUUUCAAUGAAAUCCUCCGCCAUAUGCA